UUUGGUGCCGGAGGAAAGAUGCAGAAAGGCCAACCCUGGAAAACACCUCGUGCGUGGAUCAGGACUGACGUUCACCGCGGGCCCAGGACGGCCAGGCCCACGCCCCAGGCUUGCCUCGCAACGGGACUCCGUGAGGACCUGAGUUCCUUUGCCAUGCCUCUCCUGGACGGAGACCUGGAGAGCUCAGAAAAGCAUGCUUCUCGUAAGGUGGACAGCCCCUGCAGCUCGGGCAGCCCCUCCAAAGGGUUCUUCUCUCGAGGCCCCCAGCACCGGCCCUCCAGCCCCAUGUCUGCUCCCGUGAGGCCCAAGGCCAGCCCUGGCUCUCCCAAAACCGUGUUCCCGUUUUCCUACCAGGAGUCCCCUCCGCGCUCCCCACGCCGCAUGAGCUUCAGUGGGAUCUUUCGCUCCUCCUCCAAAGAAUCUUCCCCCAACUCCAACCCGUCUACCUCGCCCGGGGGCAUCAGGUUCUUCUCCCGCUCCAGAAAAACCUCAGGCCUCUCCUCCUCUCCGUCGACACCCACCCAAGCGGCCAAGCAGCACACGUUUCCUCUCGAAUCCUACAAGCAUGAGCCUGAGCGACUGGAAAAUCGCAUCUACGCCUCCACUUCCCCUCCGGACGCAGGCCAGAGGUACUGCCCGUCCUCCUUCCAGAGCGCAGCCGGGCCUCCAUCAGCAUCACCCACGCACCAUGCUUCCUCCAGAACCGCGGCGCUGGCGGCGGCCCCGGGACCCGCGGAAGCCGGCAUGCUGGAGAAAUUCGAGUUGGAAGAAGAAGCAGAAGACUCAGAGAGUGGCGUCUACAUGCGCUUCAUGAGGUCACACAAGUGUUACGACAUCGUUCCCACCAGUUCAAAGCUUGUGGUGUUUGAUACAACGUUACAAGUGAAAAAGGCCUUCUUUGCCUUAGUAGCCAAUGGUGUCCGAGCAGCGCCGCUGUGGGAGAGUAAGAAACAAAGUUUUGUAGGAAUGCUAACAAUUACAGAUUUCAUAAAUAUACUACAUAGAUACUAUAAAUCACCCAUGGUACAGAUCUAUGAAUUAGAGGAACAUAAGAUUGAAACAUGGAGGGAGCUUUAUUUACAAGAAACAUUUAAGCCUUUAGUGAAUAUAUCUCCAGAUGCAAGCCUCUUCGAUGCUGUAUACUCGUUGAUCAAAAAUAAAAUCCACAGAUUGCCAGUUAUUGACCCUAUCAGUGGGAAUGCACUUUAUAUACUUACCCACAAAAGAAUCCUCAAGUUCCUCCAGCUUUUUAUGUCUGAUAUGCCAAAGCCUGCCUUCAUGAAGCAGAACCUAGACGCCCUUGGCAUCGGGACCUACCACAACAUCGCCUUCAUCCACCCGGACACUCCCAUCAUUAAAGCCUUGAACGUCUUUGUAGAAAGACGAGUGUCGGCCUUGCCUGUGGUGGAUGAGUCAGGAAAAGUUGUAGAUAUUUAUUCCAAAUUUGAUGUCAUUAACCUUGCUGCUGAGAAGACGUACAAUAACCUAGAUAUCACAGUGACCCAGGCCCUUCAGCACCGCUCACAGUACUUUGAGGGCGUCGUGAAGUGCAGUAAGCUGGAAAUACUGGAGACCAUCGUGGACAGAAUAGUGCGGGCCGAGGUGCAUCGGCUGGUGGUAGUAAAUGAAGCAGAUAGCAUCGUGGGUAUUAUCUCCCUGUCAGACAUUCUGCAGGCCCUGAUACUCACGCCCGCAGGUGCCAAACAAAAGGAGACGGAAACCGAAUGACCGCUGUGAGUGGAGAAGCCCUCGUAGGAGAACUUGAACAAAGAUUCUGGGUCACGCUUUGCCUCAUGAACACUGACCGCGUUAGAAGACCGUAAAAUGGCUAAGAAUGUAUAGCAGGGUUUAGCGAUGGGUAUUUUUUCCAGUGACGUUGAAACUGAGCAUAAGAAACAGGUUUUAUGUGUUUGAAGAUUCAGCCUUGCAUUAAAAGACUGUUUUCAGACCUUUGUCUGAGCGAUUUCAAAUGCUGUAUGUUAUUAAAGUGCACUGUGUCCUGAAAUUUUUUAUUAUUUUUCGUUUCAAAGAAUUCACUGGUCUGUAACAGGUAAUAUGACAUAAGGCGAGCGCAUGGCUUCUUCAGACCUAGUGCCUUAUGUCGGAACACGUGAUAUGUCAUCACUGCGGCCCGUGGCAGCUGGAGCCACACGGUGCUGGGGCGUGACAGUCUUUGGACCUUUACCAAAUCAGUUUUGUUCUCAUUAGAUCUGUCAAACCGUUGUAAUUUGGAUAUAAAUCAUUACUUUGUAAAACUUCAAUGGCAGUUUUACGUUUAAGUGUCUGUUCUGAACUACAGUGUAAACAAAACUGCUUUACAACAGCUUUAUUUAUUUUUACUUUCCUGCAAUUUUUUUUCUUUUUUUUUUUUUUAAAACAUCCUGGUGGGUAAGCCUCCCCAUGCUCGUUAAUAAACCAUCGGUGGUUAUUUUUAAAAGGCAAAUUUCUCAUUUAAGUUUGGAUCUGGAAAGCGUAGGACUUCUAAAAUAGCCACUGUUAGAGUGGAAAAGCCGAAGUUUCUGAAAGCACGGGUGAAAACGUGCUCUGCUAGUCUGGGAACAGGCGGCGGUUAUGAGCAGACAGAGUGCCGGGAAGAGGUCUAUUUUUUUCUUGUGUACUGAAACGUAAAAUCACAAUGUUUGUACGGCUGCUGUGCGAUCGUCUGUGUAAAUUCUAUUGUGGCACAUGCAAUAUGUCAUGUGGUUGAAGAGAAACCAUGUUUCCUAAUGUAAGUGCUCUGAAAAUGUCCACACUGUAUAUAUAUAUAUGAGUAUAGUUUGAUUUUUUUGUUGUUGUUUUGGGGUUUUUUUUUUUGGCAGAUUGAAAGAUUAAAGUAAAUCUUAUUAUCGA